AUGCGCAGAAUACCGUCACCUAUUCUUACUAAGAAACUGAAAGAAACCUUAGAAAGGGAAGAAAGGGCAAAAAGUGAGGAAGAAAGAGAAGUAGAAAUGGAAACAACUUACGAAAUGAAGGGGACUAAACAAGAACAAGAGGGAUCCACCAAAGAAGAUCCUUCUCCUUCCCUUUUUCCGGAAGAAAAGAGGAUGCAGACAAAAUCGAUGAAACGAAAGAGAUCUGAGUGA